CACUCAGUAGUUGUCAAAGAACUCAGAUUAAUCAAAACAUUGCCCUAGGCAAAGGGGAACGAAAUUUGAGAAUGCCUGCUAAUUUUUGAAGGAGCUGGUGACUGAAAAUGUACAGAUCCACAGGAAUAACCGUGAAAGGCUUGGUGAAUUUUUCCCAAAGAAAAACUAUCGGUGUUGUAUUUAAUACAAAUACUGCCUCCUUUAGAUUUAUUUAUCCUUAUAGAAAUAAUAAUAAUCAUUUGUUGUGGAGGAUCCAUCCUUCCUGCUAUGUUCACUCUGAGGCUCUAAGACCGGAGAAAGCAGAAAAACCAGCGGGAUAUUCUAACUUUGGUCAUAAAAAAACAAGAUCAUGGUCCAAAUUAAAGUGGUUCACCCAUAUAUUUUGUGCAGGAUCAAUGUUUUUUGUUCUCUUUGGAGGACCAACUGUUUUGGAAGAAAUGAUUGGAAAAGUGGAUGCCUCAUCAAAAGAAGUUGACAAAGGAGAUUCUGAUGAGGUAGAGGAAGGCAAACGGAAGAAGGCACAGAAAGUUGGUUUUAGAGAUAGAAGGGUUAUUGAAUAUGAAAAUCGUAUUAGAGCAUACUCUACUCCAGACAAAAUUUUCCGUUACUUUGCUACACUGAAGGUACAUCAUAAUGGAGCGUCAGAUGUAUAUAUGACACCAGAAGACUUUGUAAGGUCUAUUACUCCAGGAAUGAAACAACCAGAAGGUUUAGGCUUAGAUCAGUUUAUGAAGUAUGACCCACAGAAGGAUGAUUUCAGAACGUUGAUGAGCAAAAUGAAAAAGCGUGGAAAGCAUGUGGAUACAGAGUUGGGAGAAGAUAGCAUUUUUCACAGGUUGGGAGAAAGUGGACUGAUUUCUUUUUCUGACUACAUUUUCCUUCUAACAGUUUUGUCAACUCCCCCAAGAAAUUUCCAGAUUGCUUUUAAGAUGUUUGAUUUGAAUGGAGAUGGUGAUGUUGAUAGAGGGGAAUUUGACAAGGUGCAAGAGAUAGUUAGAGCACAAACAACCAUGGGAAGUCGACACAGAGAUCAUGCUGUUACAGGCAGUGUAAUGAAGGAUUACAGCUCAGCAUUAAUGACUUACUUCUUUGGACAAAACGGAGAUAAAAAAUUAACAGUCAAAGAGUUCUUAGAUUUUCAAGCAGAAGUUUCCAAAGAAGUUUUAAGGAUUGAGUUUGCAAGAUAUGAUCCGAGAUAUGAGAAAGAUGGUUCUAUAUCAGAGAAAGAUUUUGCCUCCAUACUUCUAACCUACGCAGGAUAUCCAGACAGCAAAAAAUCCAGGAUGGUUAAAAGGGUUAAAAAGAAGUUCAAGGAUGAUGGAAAGGGAGUUACAUUUGAAGAGUAUGUGAGUUUUUGGAAGUUCCUUAAGAGUGUAAAUGAUGUUGAUACAGCUUUAAGUUUUUAUCAUCUGGCAGGUGUAUCAAUAGAUCAAGAAACCUUGGUACAUGUAGCUAAAACAGUAGCCCAUGUUGACUUGUCAGAACAUUUAGUAGACCUUGUAUUCACAUUAUUUGAUGAAAAUAAUGAUGGCCAGCUGAGUAAUAAAGAAUUUAUAUCUGUGAUGAAACAAAGAGUGAUGCGAGGACUAGAAAAACCUAAAGAUACGGGAUUUACUAAACUUAUAUCUGCAGCAUGGAAAUGUGCCAAAUCUCAAACUUCAGCAUUCUUAGAAUAAUCUCAUUUGUAUUUACAAUAUAGCAAUUCUUUUUUUAAAACUUUCUUAGAAUGUCAUAGACUGGAUUAUAUCUAUAUGUAGGAGGACAAGUUGUGAAAUUCUUUGAAAAUAGGUAUGAUUUGAAACAUCUUUUUCAUGAGGAGAGACAUACCGGUCAUUAAAUAAAGAAAAUUAUUAUCCAUACAGCAUACUGUUUCCAUAGAUUUUCUGCAAUGUAGAAGUGGCAUGAUGUAUAGUAAUGAACUGUUAUUGGAACAUAGGACACUUCUCCUAUUUCGAUGCUCCUGGAGAAGAGACAAAUAAGCAGCAUAAAUAGAUAUUUUUUAACGAUAGAAUUUGUAUUAAUUAGUAUGGGUCUGUAAAUUAUUUGUUUUCCCUGACUUGUCAAGCUUAUUACAUCCUUCCUCCUAAAACUUUCUUCGUUUGGAGAUAAUGUUUUAUAUGGUUAUAAUGUUAGUUGAUUUUGUUGGAAUAAAGUUUAUAACUUAAUUUUUCAUUUCAUUUUGGAAGCAUGUACCGGUAUAUGUUUAGAUGUCCAAAUGCAGUCAUAAUUUUGAUAAGAUUCCUGUUUGACUUACCAGUAACUGUUCCUUAGUGGUGGUUUUCAAAACAUUUAAAGACAAAGGAAUGAAAAAUUAGUAGUAUGGCUUCCAGAUUAUGAUUCAGAAAUAUGUAUAUUUGGAUGACUGAUACUAUACAAGUGGGUAAUCUGACCUAUAACCUAUGAAUUUAAACUGGUUGCCAUUUACACACUCGUUUAAUAAUAGAAGUGUUUUGCUUACUAUGUUUAUGUAUAAUGUCUGUUAAUAUUUAAUGUGAAUAAAGUAUAUUGUCCUUUUCAUUUUGUACAUGUUAAAUCUUUUUAGAAUAGUUAGAAUUAUUUUUUUCAUACACUCAAUAUAAGACUAAUUUUGAUGGGCUACUUUUUGUAAUUCCUUCAAUUGAAUUGUAAUCAACUCUUUUGUAAUAGUUAAAAUUAUAAUGACUACUAUCUUACGCAAGCAACAAAAAUUGUUUUCUGAUCUUUAUGUCUGUCCAUCCGUUCUGUAUCAGGUUUAAAUUUUGUUUUACGAUUGUUUAUGGUCACAUCAACUUGAAACUUAGUACACAUGUCCAUUAUGAAGCGAACUGUUUAAUAAACCAGGACAUAUGCUAAAUUAGGGUUAAAACAGGAAUUUUGCACUUCACCAAACAAAGAAAUGAGAAAAAGUAUUUUCAAAAAUAUUAAACAAAAAAUCCAAAGUAUUUUUUAUAAUGGGAAUGAGACAUGGUGACCAAUUAACUUAUCUUCUUGUUUUUAGUUUACUUUUUUUUUUACUGUUGCUCGUUAGGAAUGUUUUAGAUAUUAUUUAUGUAUGGUUUGUCCAUAAUUAUUUUCUUUGUACUAUUAUAAAUGUAAUUUAUUAUUUGAUAAUAUUAAAAUAUUAAAGAAUAA